AUGUUUUACAGCGACGUCAUCCUUGCCAAGCGCGGGCCGCUGGCUCGUGUCUGGCUCGCUGCUCACUGGGAGCGCAAGCUCAGCAAAACGCAGUUUCUCCAGACCAGCAUCGAAAAGAGUGUCAGCGCCAUCAUGGGCCAAGAGGUCGUCCCUAUGGCGCUGCGUCUUUCUGGUCAGCUGCUGCUCGGUGUCGUACGCAUCUACUCUCGCAAAGCCAAGUACCUCCUCGAGGACUGCAACGAGGCCCUGCUAAAGAUCAAAAUGGCCUUCCGCUCCGGUGCCGUCGAUAUGACCAGCGACCAGCUCAACAUCUCCAGAAACGCCAUCACGCUUCCUGACAUCCGCACCGAUCUCGACAUCUUGCUGCCAGACCAGGCAAUGAACGACUAUGAUAUUGACUUUGAAAAGCUUGCGGCCAAAAAAGCUAAGAAGCUCGCCGACAACCCCACCGCACACACCGCUCGCGCCGCCGACAUCACCCUUCCCACCGUGGACUAUAGUGCCUUCGACGAUACAUUCGACGUCUCGUCUGGCAUCGAUGGUAUUGCAUCACAAGACUUUGAUCCCGAUGGUGGAUUGGAUCUCGGUCUCGAAGACGACUUCCCCGAGGUCGAAGGUCGCAGGAACGACGCUGGUCAGCUAGUCGAUGAGAACGGCGAUCCGCUUCCGGAGGACGACUCACUCAGCAUCGGCGUAGGUCGUGACGCACCCAGCGAAGCUGGUCGCCAAUCUGUCGCAUCGAUGCUCAAUCUCGGCAUGGACAACGACAUCACUCUUGGCUCGGCAGGUGGAUCGCAGGCUCCCAGCGUCGGCAUGCCCGACUUUGAUCUUGGCGGAGACGGACUCGACCUCGGACUGGACAAUGACGGGCUCGAUCUCGGCCUCGACGCACCCAUGGACAUCGAUCGUCAGACGACGCCUCCUCCCGGCGACAACAGCAUGGCGCUCGCAAUGGCCGACAUGACACCGAGAACAGCGGCGCGCAUUCGUGACGUCGCUCAGCAGCGCCAGCAGGACGAGGCUGCUACGCGACAGGCCAAGGCCCGCAAACAGAUCGUCGAUGCGCUCACUGAGCUGCCCGAGACGCAGCUCGGUGGCCUCAGCCAAGGCCUCAGCCAAGGCGCUGUCGGUCAGGCCGCCAAUCUCUCGGACAUCUUGACAGAAGAGCGCUACCUCCCACGAUCGCGAGCCUACCUGCGCCUGCUCACCAUCCGCGAAGACCCCUUCUCGCACUUUAUGCCAUUCGCAGACCCUUCGAACAAGGACAAAAGCUCGCAAUUUAUCGGACCCAAUGGACUUGCCUCGGAGCUCAGCGAGCUUUUCACGUUCGAUCUCGGUGCCAUGCGACGCCGACGCGCGGCUGCGCUCGGCGACGACGACAGCCCCAACAAGCGCGCCCGUCUUGGUGACGAGUACUACGAAGAUAUGGGUGUCGCCCGCCGCGCACAAGGGCAGCGCGAAUCUGUUGGCUUCGGUGACAUGGACCAGGACCAAUCCGGUUUCGACUUCAGCAUGGGUGGCGAUGGCGCGUUCGACCUGCCACCUGCUGAAGGUCUUGACUUUGGCGACGAUGGUCUGCGCCGAUCUUCGCGCAAGUCGCGUGCGGAAAUGGAGGCGGACGCGGAAGGCGAUGUAACGGGUCGUUUGCCCGCUCUGUCGCGCAUGUCGACACCCGAGAUCGACGACGGCGGACUCGACUCGCUCGCUGUGAGCUCCACCAACCCACUCGGCGUGUUUGAUGUGCGACCCACCGAGGAGUCGGCAACAGCAGGCGAGCAGGCAGCAGCAUCGCAACUGCGGGCAUCGGAGGACGCAGAAGCCUCCACAAAGGGUUGGGCCAAGAGCACCGUCCGUGCUUUGCGCGUCGUCCGAUCGCAACUCUCUGCCGAAUCCGCCAUCGCUGAUGACGACGAGACUGCACAGACGCAGACGCAAUCGCGAUUCGUCGAAGUCGACCAAGAGACGGAAGAGAAGAAGCUGUCUUUCGCAAAGAUCUCGACCAACGCUUCGCGUCGUGCUGCAGCAGGAUUCUUCUUCGAGAUGCUCGUGCUCGGUACCAAGGACUGCGUCAAGCUGCAACAGGAUGAGGCCUAUGGCGAUAUCAAGGUCAGCGCCAAGGACAAGCUCUGGAACGCUUCCGCACCGGCAACGCAGGCCACGCAGUUGGCACCUACUGCGGCUUGA